AUGGCUAGUGAGUUCUGCAUCCUUGGAUCGGGAGCGAUGGGUCUGGUUUUUGCAACAUCAAUCGCAAGAGCUCGAAUACCUGUAAAGCUUCUGUUACGCCCAUCAGCACUGAAAUUGUUUGAUGGAUCCAUCACUGAAGAGCAACGACCACCACCACCUGCUCCGUUUAUGCGAGAAACGUUUCGUGUUGAAGCUGAACAGGCUUCCAAACAUGGGACAUCUAUCAGUACAUUAAUACUAGCUACAAAAGCUCAGCAUGCACUCGAAGCACUUACAUCUAUAGAAGGACGACUGAAUUCAGACUCUGUGGUCGUACUGGCACAGAAUGGCGUGUUGGGAGUCAUGGAUCAACUCAAAUCAUAUUUCCCAGCAUCGAAGCUUCCUCGCUUCGUAUACGGAGUCCUCAAUCAUGGAGGCAAUCGGCCACCAAAUGAACCGUUUACAGUCGAACACUCUGUUCCUCAUGGCUACGCUCUUUUUGGAACUGAACGAAGUAUAGACAUAUUGCGCGAGAAGGAAGUCGUGGCCGCUUUAUCGAAUAUUCCAGGAUUGAAUGUGAAGUGGAUUGAUACGCCGGAAGAAGUUAGGGCUAUAGUGUAUAAGAAGUUAUUGCUCAAUUGUGGUGUAAAUGCGCUGAGUGGAAUCGGACGUAGUUGCAAUAACGGCAAGAUAGCAGAAUCACCGUAUGCAGUGAAUAUCGUGAAGGCUACUAUUGAGGAGUGUUUGAAGGUUGUUGGUGAGAAUCUGCCUAAUGAGACUGUUGAGAGUUUGAUGGAAAGCUAUAUGGGUCAAAUGUCACGCAAUGCACCGACAAGGACGUCAAUGUGUGAAGACUUGGACGCUCGAAGGAAGACAGAAAUACAAUUCUUCAAUGGCUUUAUAUCAAAGCUUGGACGUGGAAUGGGUAUACCAACGCCAGUGAAUGAUCUUUUGACAAACUCGAUUCACUUUCUUGAAGAGCUUGUAGAGUCUCAGUAG